AUGAGUGGUCGUAAGGUGACAGCUUAUAGUUUUUUAUAUGUCGCACCACCGAACAUUGACUUCUCUCAACCAUCACAUUCAGCCAAGCGAUGGCAACGACGAUGUUUUACAUUAUAUGAAGAUGGUGAAUUAAGUUAUGCAUUAGAUGAUGAUCCAGAAACAGUUCCACAAGUUAAAAUGGAUAUGAAUCGAUGUGUACGGGUUUGUGAAGCAGAUGCAAUAACGGGUCAUUCACAUAGUAUCCUUGUAGCAUUCCGGAAUGAUACUUCAAAUUCCGAUAUUGCUAGUACUUGUGAAAAUAUUGAAAAAGAUACCACAACUACUAAUCAACAUGUACCAAUUUGCUAUAUGAAAGCUGAUACUACCGAAGAAAUACGAUGGUGGCAAAGCAUACUGCAAAAAUAUGCUAAACGUAGUAUUUAUCGUAUAACUGCGACACCAAUGCGUAUGAUUGAUGAUGAACGACAACGAAUAUUGGAUGAAACUAUUGAAAUAGAAGAAAUGAUGGAACCUUGCGGACCAACAAUUAUUCAGGUGAACGAUUCACUUUCUCGUCCAACAAGUGCUUCAUCAAUACGAUCAAUCCAUGAGGUACAACAGCUAUCAGCAUCACAACUGGAUCCCUUGUCAAAUGUAGUAACACGGGUAGAUUUAGGUACCCGGUCGAGCUCUGCUGAUGCACACCACGGGACACCACGAGCUGUAAAAUAUCGAAAUAAAGUUAACAAAGAGGAACCAUCACGGAAAUCAAUAAAUGAUGGUACUACGGGUAUUACAACACCUCCGGAAACACCACCACCACUUCCUGAAUCACCAUGUCCUCCGUUAUCUUCCCGGAAGACACCACUUUCUACUCCAUUUUCCAUUGAUACAUCCAGUGCACAUACACUUAGGAAAGGAUGGUUGAUGUUACGGGGUAAAGGUGCUUCUGACUGGACAAAACAUUGGGUAGUACUAGCUGGACUAUCACUCAAAUUGUAUAAAGAUGUCUGGGCUGAAGACUCUGCUGAGCCAUUGCUUUCUGUUGACCUCAAUGAAUGUGAAAAUGUUUAUCCAUCAGCUUCUGCUAAGAAUUAUGGCAUUGAAAUCAAAUGUCGACGAACUCGCUAUGUACUUUCGGCAAUGACACCCGGAAUAAGAGAUAGUUGGAUUACAGCUCUGCAACAAAAUUUACACAAUCCUUCACCUACUUAUACUGAAGCUUGUCCAAGUGAUGCUGCAAGUUUACCGGAAAGUGAUUUGGUGUCGUUGUUACCACGUAAAAAACAUAUUGCUUAUGUGGCACCGGAAUCUCAUCAUUCAAAUUCAAUGAUGGAUGACGAAUCUUGUACUGAAGAUGAACUGAAUUCUCUUGAACGACCAUCAAGAACUCAUCAAGCAAAUCUUUCCGAAAGAUCAUUCGAUUCAUCGGAUGACGAUGAUAACGAAGUGAUCGGUGAUCGAACUGAUCAACGUUCUCCUCAGCGACGUCGUAAUGGUCGUGAUCAAAGCUUAUCACCAACUUUUCGUCGUUCUCCAGUAUCACGUAUCAAAGAUAAAUCAACCAACAGACAACAAAAUGGAACAAUAAGAUGGAAUGGUUCCAGUUCAUCGCUUUCAUCUGUUAUACCUCCCGUUGUGCAAUCGCAAAGAUGUAACUCAUCGAAAUCGGUACCACGAGAGCAGAGUGCAUCAUUACAGGAGAUGAGGUUACGUACGCUGGAGUCACAGGUGGAAAAUCUUCGUGAUCAGCUACAGGAUACAACUUCAAGGCUUGGAGAAACAAGAAGUGAAAACGAACGUUUACGAUGUCUUUUUUUGAGUAGCGAUGCACAAGGUCUUUCACAAUUACGACGUAGUCUUACGGCUGCUGAAGAAGACGUGAUACGAAAACGUGAAGAAAUGGAAACAUUACGGAAACAGCUUGCUACACCAACCCAAGAAAGUGAUCAACAAUAUGAAAUUAGAUAUAAGCAAAUCGUUGAACAAUUUACGAAUUUGCUAAAAGUUCAAGUUGGUGCUUUGUCGCGUUUUGUACACUGCCAAACAGGCAGCAUUGAAUACGCCGAACUACGACAAUGCGUUGAUCAACUAAUUCGGAGAGUAGCUGGCUUAGAUGAAGUCACUCAGAUGGAUAGUAAAAUGAAUCUCAUUGAGGAAACGCUGAAUAAUGUCUCUGAAGCUUAUGAAAAGGUAAGUAAAGUACUGAUAAGGACACAACGCGAAGUACAAGAAAAGGAAGUACAUAUGGAACAUUCAUCACCAGAUGACAUUGCCGAUGAGGUGCAAGAUUUGGAAAAUGAAUUAGAAGAGAUUCAGGCUGCUCAUGCUGAAGAAAUGGAAUCUAUGCAAUCCAAAUAUGAAUAUCAAUUAAAAUUACUUCGAGAACGCCUGGAGCAUGAAGAGCAUCGACGGAAAAAAGCGCAAGAAGAGUUACAAACACUAAAUUCCUUAAAUGAUCAUUCAUUAUCCACAAUGAAGAAAACUCAUGAGGAAAUGCUAGCGGAACAAAGGCGACAAUACGAGGAGGAAAUUGCUGCGCUGCAUAAAGAACAUGCAGCGGAAUUGCAGGAAGAAAAAAAAGCUACCAGGAUGGCUUUGGAUGCAGUACAGCGUGCGCAUGAUGCUGAAUUAAAAAAUAUUAAUGAAAAAGUUCGUAGUAUUAGUGGUAAUAAUAUAAGCUCUUCUCAAACAAAUAUCUCUGCCGAACCAAGAAUCGAUGUACAGUCUACAAGGCAGAGUAAAAUGUUGGAGCAAAUGAGUACAGAAUUAGCUCAGUUGUCGGCAUUAUACUCGGCAAAAUGUCUGGAGAAUUCUCAGCUUGAUGAGAAGAUGUCUUUAUUGCUGGCCGACAAAGAAAAUCAGUCAUCGUUGAAUGAUGUAGAAACCCAAAAUAGACGCUUGCAUCGUGAAUUACGGCAAAAAGACAUAAUAAUUGAAGAGCUGAGGCAGACGGUGGCAUUUCUGGAACGUCGAACUGCUGAUUUGACCGGUGAAGAACUUCCUGUUAAAUAUGAGGAACGCGUAGACGACGUACCGUUAUUACGAGAGGAAUCGGUGACACACCGAACACGUCAAACUCACUUUCCAACUCUUCAGCAGCAGCAACAGCAACAACAACAACAGAUAGCUCUCAGUUUUCCAUCACUCAACAACAGCGACAGCAUAGUAACACAACCAACAGCAGUCGUUUCAUCGAUUUGGCAUCUUCCAUCCGAUCAAGGGGUCAAAUUUCGAAGAAAUCGUCAAGUGACAUCAAAAAUGACUUCAAGACGUAAUGAUGUUCGAUUCCAUAGCAAUCCAGCGAUACCAGUAAGUGAGAUGACAACCAAUUAUUUAGCCAGUGAAUUACGACGUUCAAUGAUUAUUCCAGUGAGUGAACGUCGAAAGUUCUUUGAAACGAUCGCUGAAUACAGUCAUCCUUUCUAA